UCUCACAUCCCAGUCUCUGAUCAGGGAAAGCAGGGCACAGCCUUGGGAAGAAUGGAUAAGCAUGGUGUGAAGACCCCCUUGUGGAAGAAGGAAACGGAAGAGCUCCGGGCCGAGGAGGCGGAGCAAGAGGAAGGGAAGGAGGGGUCGGAGGACGAGGAUGAGGAUGAGGACAACCAGAGGCCACUGGAGGACAGCGCGACGGAGGGCGAGGAGCCGCCGCGGGUGGCGGAGGAGGGCGAGGGCCGCGAGCGGCGCUCAGUGUCCUACUGCCCGCUGCGCCAGGAGUCCAGCACCCAGCAGGUGGCGCUGCUGCGGCGCGCGGACAGCGGCUUCUGGGGCUGGCUCGGCCCCUUAGCGCUGCUGGGCGGCCUAACAGCUCCCACCGACAGGAAGCGGAGCCUCCCGGAGGAGCAGUGCGUGCUGGAGAUCCGGCGACGACCGCCGCGCCGCGGGGGCUGUGCUUGCUGCGAGAUCCUUUUCUGCAAGAAAUGCAGGAGUCUGCACAUCCACCCAGCCUAUGUGGCGCACUGCGUUCUGGAUCACCCGGAUCUGGACCCCCUACCGACCUUCUCUCUUGGAGCUCGGAGCCCUCUUCGAAGCAUUCCACAGGACUGCCCCUUCUCAGCUGCUGCCCAGAGCGCCCCCAUCCGUCAAGAAGGCCCACUGUUGGUGCUUGGUUCCCAUCUGUCACCUAGCGCCCCCAGCGCAGAGCCCAGCAUAACCUAGAGCCCGCUGUCAACAGCGCCCACCGAGGGCUCCCCGCCCCCACGCAGCACCAGCGCCACCGCACACCUGACUCUGUCCGCUCACACAGCCUCACCUUCACCUCUUGGGUAUUUCAGAUCCGCUCUGACCCAGUGGGCAGAGUCAUCGCCUAGAGAAAAUAACCUCAGGGUUCCCGCAUCACUCUGACAAACCUGCCUCUUUCCCUGAAACCAUUCAAUAAAACCUCUGAUCAAAGUGUCAGUGCUUUGAGGUGGCGCAGGUGGCUCCGCGUGGGGAUGAUCCUCCUGGGGUUCAAGCCAGAGGUAAAAGUGUGGGCAGGGAGCCUCUUCCCUCUCUACCCCAGAACGGUACAAACAUUUGUAUCCAAAGGCAAAGACCCUUCUGCCCACUGCGCAGAGAAGAAAGUGAACGGGCAGGGCCAACAAUGGCCCUGGGGAGCCGAAGGCUGAACCCUUGCCAGACCAUUCUCGCCUCCCCUAGACGCCCUGGCUUGCUGAGGUCAAUGCUGUGCAUACCAGGCACUAGCAGGUGUGGAGGGGUGGGAGAAGCCUGGAAAACCAGAUGCUAAAAUAAAUGCUGGCAUGGGUGGAGGCAGAAGACAGGGAGGCUGGGGAGCUGGUUCCUUCUCCAGGAAUCCCAGCUAUUCUUGGCCAGACAGCAGGAGCUUUGGGAAUGCCGCGUGUGUGGCCUGGAGAAUGGGGCCAUUGUGAGAGCACAAGGCCACCCUCAGCCUGCAGGGCUGCCUGUUGUGGAGGCUGCAUCCCCAGCGCCUGCAGUGUUGCGGAGCCCCAGGAAGGCCCCUUGACCUCUCCCUGCUGCACAUCAUUCUCCAUCUGGCCUGGAGCUGCAAGGACAUUUUGCUUUUUGAGGAGAGGCAGGCCCCCUCUCUCCAUCACAGCUCUGCACACACACACACAGCUGCCUGGCCCUGGCUUGGAUGGAAGAGCAUGGCCCUGGCCUCCCCUGCACCCAUGCCCACCUGCUCUCACAGCAAAGGAUGGAAGAACUGCUCCAAGGAAGGCUGCU